GGCGAAACCUGAAACUACAUGCUUUGCCAGUCGUGACUCAGUAUGUCUGAUGAUAGUACUUCCUGUGUGCGUAUCAUACGUUCGUGGUACAUUGUGUUUGAAGCACGAUGAAGUACGCAAUUCUUUUGCUCGCCGUAUUCGCCAUUCAAGGUAUUCGAAGUCAAAAUUGUACUCGCACAAACCAUCAGAGCAAUAUCUGCGCCAAACCCUGUAAUCCAUCAAAGAAUGAAUGCGGUAGAAACGAAGAUUGUAUAUGCGAUGGUGACUGUGGCCAUAGUUGCGUAAAAAGAGGCCUUCACUGUCCACGAUUGAGCCGAAUUGAUAAAGGUCGAGUUAAAUUAAAAAAUACCGCAUUUAGGUCAGUUGCCAAGUAUCAAUGCAGAUCACCAUACAAGGCAAUCGGAUCUAAAAAGAGAACGUGCAGAGGAAAUGGCACCUGGGACGGUCAAGAGCCUGUCUGCAAACUGAUGUGUCCAGUCCCACCAAGUAUCUUAAAUGGUACAAUGAAGUAUGAUAGCUUAGAAGUUGGGCAAAAGGUGACUUACACUUGUUCGCCUGGAUUCGUAAUGGAAGGUAGGAACACAUUGACUUGUGCGAGGAGUGGCGCCUGGAACAGAGGUGAGCCAAAGUGCGUAUGUAAGAGAACCAAUCGUGAACAUUGGAAAUUCUGUAGGAGACAAUGCAACCCAAGCACAUCCGGAAGCUGCAGAAACAACCAGGAAUGUAUUUGUGAUGGAGACUGUGGAUACAGCUGUGUUCCGAAAGCUCUGGAAUGUGGAAGACCAUCAAGAUUGGAGAAUGGAAAACAAAAAUAUUCCUCCCGAAGACUUGGGUCUGUUGUAAAGUAUAAUUGCAAUGAACCUUACACCUUGAUCGGACCCAAGAAGCGUACUUGUCGUGGCAUAAAGAGAUGGGAUGGCAAUGAUCCAUCAUGUAGUAAGCAAUGGUCUUUUUUUGUAUUGACUAAAAGUUGUGGCAGGCCACAAAUCCCUCUCCAUGGCAACAUUAAAUCACACGUUUUUACGUUCCGUAGUAAGGUUUAUUUUGAAUGUAACCCCGGCUUCAAGUUGGUUGGAGACAAGUAUCGCCAAUGUCAGGCGAAUCAAACAUGGAGUGGACGUGCGCCAACCUGUAAACCAAUUGAUUGCGGCAGGUUGUCAACUCCACAUAAAGUUUUAAUAGUUUCGGAAACCGGUCACACGCGAUUUGGCGGUUACGUGAAAUAUCGGUGUAAGGAGAAAAGCUACGAGCUGAUUGGCUCAGAGACUCGAGUUUGUCAAAACGAUGAACAGUGGAGCGGAGUGGAACCUUCAUGCCAAAUUAUAAACUGUGGGAAUCCAGAUACCCCAGCUAAUGUGAAACAAGUUAGUAUUACAAAUGGUUUUAAUUAUGGUAGCUCGGUGGAAUUCGCUUGUGAGGCGAAUUACACUUUGGAAGGAUCCAAAAUAAUAACCUGUGGGGAAACAAAAGAGUGGAGUUCAUCUGCCCCAAGUUGCCUUGCUCCAUGUUUAGACCCUGGUGAACCAGGGAAUGGAAUAAGAAUAGGAGAUGACUUUACGCAUGGGAAAUUCAUAAAAUUUCAAUGUGAUGGUGACUUUGAGCAUGUCGGGGAAAAAACCAUUCAAUGUUUGGAUGGAAAGUGGAGUCACAAGAUACCCCAGUGCAAAGUAAUUUCGUGCGGAGAUCCAGGAACACCAACACAUGGAAGGCAAACAAAUGUCGUUAAAAACUUUGCUUUCAGAGGAAUAGUAGAAUUCCAGUGUGAUAAAGGCUACACCUUGAAUGGCAAAUCAUCCCUUUCUUGCCAAAGGAACAAGACGUGGGAUGGAGAUGUUCCAAAGUGUUUAGCAUCCUGCUCUGACCCUGGUACUCCAAGUCGAGGGAAAACCAUUGGAAGUGCUUUUGAACACGAUUCAGUCGUAACCUUCCAAUGUUUAUCCAAUCGUGUUUUAGAUGGCGCCUCGAAGAUAAAAUGUAACAACGGGCAAUGGGACGCACAUCGCCCAACAUGUAGAGGUUUGAAAGUUGUCUUAAAUUGCGACAGACCCCUGAAAACCUCCAGAGGAAAUAUAAACUGUUCAAUCGAAAGACAGACGAGUAAUACUGAGAUACACCUUCAAAAGGAAAAUAUUAUUACGGCGGCAAGUAUCCAGCUGGGAAAAGAUAAAAGAAAUGUUAGGCAGAUUCAAAUAAAAGCGCUUCUUUCCAGCAAAUGGAUAAACAUUGCCAAAUAUUUCAAGCCAUCUCUCAGUGAAGGAGUGAAAACAAUGAAACUUCCUCAACCGGUUAUUGCUCAGUCUUUGCAAGUUCUGCUCAUCACCAGACAGGGACUCUCUAGUUGUUUAACACCGACAUUAUCAUUAUAUGGAUGUGACGCAGUACGUCGAGAUUGUAUCAUGCCAGGCUCCGUAGUCCUCUUCAAAGAGGGAGGAACAUAUCGUAAAGGGCGUUUUGCGUCUGUCACGCGUGUCGAGUGGGAAGUCAUCGAAGGAAAACAAUACAAAUAUUUAAGCAAAGAUGACAUACUAAUUCUUGAUGAGAAACCUAACGUCAACCAGCUAACUGAAGGCACUAUAGUCGUUGGAACAGAUUCGCGAGGGAAAAUAAAGAGGGGAAACAUAAAAAGAUCGUGCAGUUCCACUUCCUGUCCUAUUGAAACAAACGGUGUAGAGUGGCAGAGCAAAUUAGAAAACGUUCGAUUAUUCAAAGGAGAAUUGUGUAAAUAGUUCACGUUCAUAUGUUAUAUAAAAUGUCUGAGCGGAUGUUGGACUGUAUUGAACAAUCUUGAACAAUCUAUCUUUCACUUUUGACGGGCGCAGAAAAGGUGGGCUCGUGCUCACUCAAACCCCACUUAUAAUUUAAAGAAAGUAGACAGCUCCUGAGUGUGCUACUGUGCGUGCUCUUAGAUUUUUCCGUUUUUAAUUUCUCUGUGGAGCAUAGGACCUCUAUUGUAAAAUUCCUAUACUCAAUGUGUUGUAAGGGCUAUUCAAAUGACCUCUAAAAAUGCAUCUCUGCAUUUAUAAAUAAAAACUGCAACAGAUA